AUGCGCGUCCCCUCUGACGUCUAUCGUCGAACACUGUAUGUUGAUGGCACUAAACCGCGUUGCGUUUCUGCGUGGGAUAUCGAUGGCGCGCCGGAGAUCACCGACGCGGGUCCUUUUGCUCGUGCACGCGCGGAGAAUCGAACGUCGCCUUUCUCCCAUCAUCACCCCCGCGCCAUCUUCCUCCCAUCCUCCUCCAUCUCAAUGGGAGCCCUCAAGCGAGCCAGGAAUGCGAGUCAUUCAAGACCAAGAUCAAAAGCAUUCGAAAUCCAACGCCUCCCGGUAGAGCUUCUCCUUGAGGUGUUCGACAUGGUCGCGUCAGUACCCAUCUCUCGUUCUGGGCAUCGUCGAAAUGUCCUCGCAGAGGCUCCGUACAACUUGAUGCAUACCUGUAGAUACUGGCGGGACCUCGUACUCGCACAACCACAUCUCUUCUCUAAUGUGCAUGCCCCCCUUAUACUUGAGGACGCCCGCAUCGGGAACAAGUUCCUUCGGUUCCUACGCAAUUCGAUACGCCGAGCAGGCAGCCAUCCCAUUUCCAUCUUCCUCGAGAUCGAUGCCGGCAAGCUCAACAGCAAGAGAUCAAUCCAAUGGCAUGUCCUCGAUCAGCUACUCUCGGUGUCCACGCGCUGGGAAAACGUUUACAUCUACGCAGGCGAUGUUCUUCAGAAUCAUGUUCUCCGACCAUUGCUUCCUGGUGCUCUUGCCAACCUUACAAGCCUUUACCUCGCAGACCAGUCCGGUCCCAUCUUCCUACCGUUGUUCAGCGAGGCCGUCCGGUCGUCCGGAAGCCUGCGUCGCCUGAGCAUCCGGCUGGAGCCGGAUCUCCUGGACCACAUACCCUGGGCCCAACUGACGCAUCUCCGCCUCCUGUCGAUCCACGGAGACGUAGACAUCUCCGAACUCUUAAAGUUUUUUAGUAACUGCGUUGAGUUAACUAGCUUGGAGAUAUCGGCUUGCGACGCUGAGCCUCUACAGCCGGAGGGUCCGGUACUACCGAUAUCAAUCCCAGCACUUUCCUACCUUGAGAUUGGCCAAGUACUUCAUGUCGAGUGUCUCGUCGACCUCGUUUCUCUAAUACGAUCUCCCGUCUUGCGAGUUUUGAAGGUGAGCACGAGCGACGAAGAGGCGCCCGAUGUCGCAGAAUCACUGGAGGAUGACGAUGACGAAGACGAGGACGAUGAGGACGAGGACGAUGAGGACGAGGACGAUGAGGACGAUGACGAGGAAUAUGAUGGCGAGGACUGGGACGAAGACGACCUGGACCAGGACCUGUCUGCGAAUAUCGGUAGCUUCCUCUACGCCUGUGCGGGAACUCUCAAAGACCUCCACCUGUCUGGACACCUGGGUGUGGAACUGGCGCUCCGUGCUCUCGAAAUCUUUCGAGACACCACUAUCUACGUCAAUAACCUUCGCUGGAACGUCUCGACUCUUUAG